UUCCCUUAUUUGAAGAAGAAGAAGAACCCAAUCUGCAAGGAAGUAAAAGAGAACCACAACUAAGAUUAGAGCAGUCGACAAUAAUACAAAUUUCUUUGUGGCGACACUAGAAGUGACAAGUAUGUAAUUUAAUUUUCCGAAAUUUAAUAAUACAGGCAGUCUGUCAGCGUCAAGGCAUUUGUUAUCAAUAAAGUCACUGUUUUGAACGCGUUCCACUGCUGAAAUGAUGGCGGCUGAUUAUACUGUUCACGGAGUUCCUUCUCUAUCUGCUAAAGUGGUGGGGUCGUUUGCUUAUCUUACAAUCAAAGACAGGUUGCCCACCAUCCUGACCAAAGUAAUCGAUACAAUACAUCGCAACAAAAACAAGUUUUUCGAAGAAUAUGGAGAGAAAGGGAUCGAGGCAGAGAAACAAGCCAUAUCUCUAUUGUCUAAACUGAGGAAUGAGCUGCAAACUGAUAAGCCAAUACUAGCACUGACAGAUGGCAGGGAAGACGCAGAGUCCUGGAACCAGUACCUGCAGAGACACCAAGGACUACACGGACCGGAUGAGGAAUCCGUCAGCUGGUUCAAAUCUCCAUGGCUUUAUGUGGAGUGUUACAUGUACCGUAGGAUACAGGAGGCCAUUUGGCUUAAUCCUCCCAUCAAUGAUUUCGAUGUCUUCAAUGAAGGAAAGACUAAGAGCUAUUUUGAGUCACAGAGGGCAAUUAUGGCCCUGUGUACACACCUGGAGGGAGUCAACAAGAGCAUGAAAGAGCUGUCUGACAGUGAGCUGCAGGACAAUUUCAACAAACUGCUUCUGGUUUCACUCUGGGGCAACAAGUGUGAUCUUUCCAUCUCUGCUGGCCAAGAGAACUCACAGAAGGCCAGUCCAUUAGAGUCACUCGACAGCCUCCAACCCUUCAUCUUGGUUGAUGACUCCAAGUCCGUGUGGUUGACUCUUUCUGCUCAGAGGCCAGCACAGUCUGGCAAAGAACCAGCAGCAAGAGUAGACAUUGUUCUUGACAACGCUGGCUUCGAGUUAGUUACAGACCUGGCCCUAGCAGACUUCCUGGUCUCUUCCGGUCAAGCUCAGGAGAUCCAUUUUCACGGCAAAUCCAUCCCAUGGUUUGUGUCCGAUGUGACGGCCCAAGAUUUCCAUUGGACCAUGAAGCAGACAGCGGCAGCCAAUCACAGGUGGAUGUCCAAAGUUGGUUUCCAGUGGAUGACCUACAUGAAGAAGGGUGUGUGGUCUUAUCACGAUCAUCCUUUCUGGACACAACCCCACGAGUUCUGUGACAUGGCAGCUGAGGCUCCUGACUUGUACCCGACGCUGCAGAAGGCAGACCUGGUGCUGUUCAAAGGUGAUCUGAACUACAGGAAGCUGGUGGGAGACAGGGACUGGGACUUCACUGCAGGCUUUCAUACAGCACUGAGAGGUUUUGGGCCCGCACCACUCUGUAGCCUUAGGACUCUGAAGGCCAACGUUCAGGUUGGUCUGCAGAUUGGCCAAGGGGAAAAGCUCACCUCACAAGAGCCAGACUGGAUGACCAGUGGGAAGUACGCUGUCAUCCAGUUCGACAGCCCAAAAUCAGAACAAUAGCAAGGAGUACAUGGUUUACUUCACGGGAGAAGUACACUAAGCCAUGAGAAUGCAAAAUCAUGCAAAUCGCUAUUCUUUCUUUAACUUAAGUUCAAAGUUAUUUUCACUAUAUGAUUUCUGCUUUUUAAUGGUCACUGUUGCAAGAUAAUGAAUGAGAAAGAUAAAUAAUAAUUAAUUUUGGGUUUAUGUUUAAUCAGUUUAACUACUUUCACUAUGGCUAUGAACAGCAUACAUGUUUGUCUGCUUUACAGAGCUAAUAGCAUGAAAACUGGUGUACUGUUUUGGGGCUCUGAUUUUGUUUACAAAAAAGGUGAAGCAGACCUUUGUCUCCAUGGACGAGUGUAUUUCUCUGGGCACUUUAUCAUCCAGCUUAAAUCUCUGUGCUCAAUUUUGGUAUUUCAUAGAUUCUCUUAAAAAAAGGGAUUGUAUUCAGUGUCGCUGCUAAGAGGAAUCAAAUGACUUUGUCUCUUGAGUUGGAUUCAAUAAAGAAAAUCGAUGGCU